AUGGGAUAUCACGAGUACAAUCCAGCAUCUUUUCGUCAAGGGAAAGGCCCCAAUCCCUCGACAGCGAAGAACAAACGCUGUAUCACGAUCGCGGCUGGUUUUCUCACCAUUUUACUACUUUUCACUCAGCCGUCUCAGCGAAGAUGGCCGGGAAUCAUCCGCACCGACGUCAGCCCAUCUGGCGCAACGCGCAUGCAAUCCUCAGAUGUCUUUGAUUGGGAGACCAUUACACCAUCGAGGGAACUACGAUACGUGCCAUGCGACGGACGCUAUCAGUGCGCGCGCCUCCUGCUGCCGAUGGUCUGGGACGCUCCAGAAGAAACGCGAUGGUCCAGCACCGUGGCCAUUGCUCUCAUAAAACUGCCCGCCGACAUUUCGGACAUUGCAGAUCCUCGCUACCGAGGCGAUCUCUUUGUGAACCCCGGCGGACCGGGGGCGUCCGGCGUCGCCUUUGUGAAGGGACGAGGAGAGUACCUGAGCAACAUCAUCAACGAUGAGUCUGCCGUGUUUGAUAUUGUGGGAUUUGACCCGCGCGGCAUUCUCCGCUCCACCCCGCGGUUCUCCUGCUUCAAGGCUGGGAAUCUGCAAGGCCGGGACAUUUUUGCGCAGAACGAGGGCAAAGGCCCGUGGUCGGACAGAACGCUGCCAAUGGUCUGGGCCAAGAGCGCGGCGUUUGGGCAAAUGUGCGACCCGGGCAACGCGACCACGGGGGAAGCGCUGAUCAAGCACUACAUGUCGACCGCGAGCGUGGCCGCAGACAUGGUCGGACUCGUCGAGGCGUCUGGCGCCCUUCGUGGUGCCAGGCUCGAGCAGUUGAUGACCGCGCGGGAGAAGAGCGGGCACACUGCGGCGCUGGAGGCGGACCGCAUCAAGGAGCUCGAGUACCGGCCCGGCGAGGAGAAGCUGCAGUACUGGGGCUUCAGCUACGGCACCACUCUCGGCGGCUACUUUGCAUCCAUGUUCCCGGGAAGGAUCAAGCGCAUGGUGCUGGAUGGAACGGGCUUUCUGCCUGAUUGGGCCUCGGGACGGUUCAUGGCGUUUCUGACCAACACAGACAGGAGCCUGAAUACGCUCUUCACCGCCUGCUUUACGGCUGGAAAGGAAAAGUGCGCGCUCUUUAACCCGGAUGGCCCUCGGGCCAUUGAGUCGACCGUCAUGUCCAUCUUGGCGGAGUUAAAGACUGACCCGAUCCCGAUCUGGUCAGAUGACAUGGUGUACCCAGACGUUUUGACCUACGAGGCCGUCAUUGCAGCCAUGUUCACCGCGACGUACACUCCAUACCGGGACUUUCCCGGACUCGCCAGGGCUCUGCACGCACUCAAAGACCGACAAAGUCUGAAUAUGAGCGCCAUUGGCACUUUCCUGCCCAGCCAGGCCGUUCGGUGCUCAGAUGAGGGCUGCGUGUCCAAGGACUGCGCUCUGGAGGAUGCCAACUGGUACCACGAGGCCAACGUGGCCGUGAGCUGCAGCGACACGGACACGCACCUGCACAAUCGCAGCUAUGCCGAGUUUGCGCAGUGGUCCCGGGAUCUGCACGAGCAGAGCCCGCUGUUUGGGCACUACUUUGCCUCGGACAGCACCAUGGCCUGCCGCGGCUGGCCGGUGCGCUCCGGGUACCGCUUCGACGGCCCCUUUGGCGCUGGCGACACGAGCCAUCCCAUCCUCUUCGUGGGCAACGCGCUGGAUCCCAUCUCGCCGCUGGAGAACAUGUGGGCGGCGACGAAGCUGUUUGGCAGGAGCGGCGCGCUGCUGACAGACGCGGGAGGGCACUGCUCGCCUAGCGUGCCGAGCCGUUGCACGGGCGGGCAUAUUGGAAGGUACAUGCGCUCGGGGGAGCUGCCUGAAGCUGGGACGGUUUGCAAGCCGGAUUAUGCCGUGUUUGAGGAGCCUGCGAUGGGUGCGGCGGUUGACGGGAAUGACUGGCACGGGCCGGCCACGUUCUCUGUAGGGAUCAGGCAGAGGCUGUGA